GGUUGGCCGGACACCUCCGCUUGCAUCGCUCCUCCUCGAAAUCUCGCCGUCCUCCCGGAGAAGUCGAGAACGUCAUGCCUGACAUUUCUCUUUCCCACCCCAGACAACCUAUUCCCUCUUCCUCUCUCUUCUCCCUCUUCUCCUUCUCUCCCUUCUUGUCAGAUGAUCUCCGCCUUCUGAUCCGUCGAGCUUUACGCCUCAUUGAAGUCUGGAAAGCUGAAGACCUAAAGAGAAGGAGAGAGCGGAAGGAGAAAUGCUGCGGAGAGCAGCGAGCAACGCUUAUUCCUGGUGGUGGGCGAGCAACAUCCUCACCAAGCAAUCCAAAUGGCUUGAUGCCAACCUCCAUGAAAUGGAGGAGAAGGUGAAAACCAUGAUCAAGCUCAUAGAAGUGGAUGCCGACUCCUUCGCGAAAAAGGCAGAGAUGUAUUACCAGAGGAGGCCAGAACUAAUCAGAUUUGUCGAAGAUGCUUACAAAACUUAUAAAGCUCUGGCGGAUCGGUAUGAUCGCAUAUCCGGCGAACUCCUUAAGGCCAACCAUACCAUUGCAUCAAAUUUCCCCGAUCAAUUCCAGUCUUCAAUGCAAGAUGAUGAAGAAGAUGGCCCUCCAAAAGCUUUCACAGACAUUGAUAUCAGUAAGUCCAACAAGCCACCGACCGGGGAGGCGCCGCAGAUCAGUUUUAGAAACAAAAGCAAAGAUACAUGGGCUGCCUCAAAGAAGCACCAUAAGAAAGUUAUUUCUCAUGUCACGAAGGAGAAUGCACAAAAUGAAGUUGACAGGCUUCAGAAAGAAAUCCUUGUUCUCCAAACUGAGAAAGAAUUUGUUAAGAGUUCUUGUGAAAGUACCGCGGCGAAAGUAUGGGAGAUUGAAAACCAGAUCACUGAUUUACAAGGUGAGGUAUGUGCUUUGCAGGGCGAGUAUAGCGUGAGUUCUAUGAUUGAUGAUAAUGAAGCCCGGGCAUUAAUGGCAGGCACGGUAAUCAAAUCAUGCGAAGAAAGCCUAGUCAGCUUACAGCAGCAACAGAAGAAAUCAGGAGAGGAAGCGGAGAUGGAAUAUAGAAGAAUCAGUGAAGUUAAAAACAGAAUAAAGUUUCUCAUGGAUGAAAACUGCUCGCCAGAAAUGGAGGAGACCGUCGAACAAGAAAAAAGUAAUAAGGGGGUAGAGGGUUUUCAACUUAAAAAUGAGGGGCUGGACCUGCACGCUGUGUGCACACCGGUGAAGCAGUUGUUCCAGAUGGAUUCCGACACAUCAACUGUUGAGCUCGCUGAGAAGAUUGAUGAACUUGUGGAAAAAGUCUUUACGUUGGAGGGAGCAGUUUUAUUGGAGACAGCACAAUUACACAGGCUAAGAUCAGAGACUGAUAUGCUUCUCAAGUUCUUCCGAAUCAUCGUAGAAGAUAAAGCUAAUAUGUUUGUUGAUUCAAACAGCUUGAAUGUGAGGCUGAGGCAGGCAGAAAAUGAAUUGCAUGGAGUUCAGGAGCUUGAGAAAAUCAUGCAUCAUGAGAAAGGGAUCUUACAAACUCAUUUUCUAGAAGGUUGCAAUAGUCUUAAUUCUAUGUCAGAAAAAAUGGAAUCUUCCAGCCUUAAGGAGAAGGAUGGUAGCCCUGCGGCCUCAAAUAUUGAAAGCUUGGAGAAGAACAAAAAGGUUAAAGAGGAGAUCAUGGAUGAAGGAGGUGAUGCAGUAAAUGAGGAAGAUGAGGUUCUUGGGAAGCAGGAGGUUGAGCAAGAUAAAAAGGAUCUGUCAGAGUUUGUUAAGUCAUGGAUGGUGAAGAUAGAACAACAGAACGCAAUGAUUUCAUCUUUAUUGAAGGAUUUGGAGUCUGAUGACAGGGAUAAUAUUCCAGACAUACAGAAGCUAUUGCAUAACAGACCAGAAGGCAGACAAAAUAUGCUACUGUAUGGGUAUUCUUCAAUUCUCCACAAGUACAAAGACACAAAGAAGAGGCUAGCGGAGAUGGAGAAAAAGAACCAAGAAUACCAUUUUGAGACAAUGGCUCAGAUUCAGGAGCUGAAGAGCGAGAAUGCUGUGAAGGAUCAGGAGAUCAGAGACUUGAGGAGGAAAUUGCUCCAUCACACUUCUUCCAAGGGUGCAACAACCUCUCAGAAUGAAAUGAUUGAAGAAGAGAAUGGAAGCUCCAUUCAAAAACUCUCAGUCAAUCCUGCCGAAAUUGAAGAAGAGAUCAAACUAUGCCAUUUAGAUCAGCAGAACUCAAAUUCAUCGAUCGAGGAAAAGUUCAGAACUGAACUUGACACUCUUCUCAAUGAGAACCUCAGCUUCUGGCUAAGAUUCAGCACCUCAUAUCAUCAAAUUCAAAAAUUCGACAUGUCAUUUAAGGAAUUGGAAGCCUGCGUGGAUAAGAUGAAGGAUCCCAAGGAAUAUAAAUCUGCUCCUGCAUCCCCAAUGCAUUCAUCAAAUAAGGAAACCACCCCGCCACUCGAUAAGAAGCUAAGGGAGCUCCAUGCAGAGCUCCAAGUUUGGUUGGAACAAAACGAAUUGCUGAAAGGAGAGCUUCAAUGCAGGUUCACAUCCCUCUGCAACAUCCAGGAAGAGAUUUCAAAAGCUUCGUCGGAUACGGAGGGUGACGAUUCCAAGUUUAGUCCAUACCUAGCGGCGAAGUUCCAGGGCGAACUGCUCAACAUGCAGCAAGAGAACAACAAAGUUGAUAUGGAAUUGCAAACUGGUUUGGACCAUGUGAAGGCUCUUCAGUCUCAGGUUGGGAAGGCUCUCUCUAAUCUGAGGGAGAGCUUUGAUCUCUCAGUUUCAGAUGGGUAUCAGCAGUACCAGAAUUUUAGGCACUGUUCCACAAGGUCUAAGGUUCCACUCAGAACUUUCUUAUUCGGGGAGAAACGAAGGAAGCCUUCUAUAUUCUCGUGCAUGAGCCCAGUCCUGUACAGGCAUCACAGCUUAGGUAAGUCUGGGUUCUCUAAACGAUGAGCAGAGAUUUUCUGGUGUUGGUGGUUUGGAUUUUUCUUCUUUUAACUUCCUUUUUCAAGUAAUGAGGGGAUGGCAGGUAUUCCAAUUAUAUUGUGGGCUAAUUUGGUAUAGUUUGUCUUAGAGAAAAGUUGAUGCUGAAGGUGCAAAUAAUUAAGGGGGUAGUUUGGGAUUAUUUUUUGUUUUUGUUUCUUGUAUUGUUUAUGUUUUUACUUAGAAUGAAGCAUGUUUGGUAUGUUAUAACAUGUUUUAAGUAUUUUUAAAAACACUCAAAAUAUAUAUUUUGAGUGUUUUUAAUUAAAAAACACACACAAAACAAAAGUUAACCCAAACAAACCCCAAGAAUUGAGGGCAGCUUUUCCGAGCAGCGUGUUAUGUUGUAUGCUAAGGAUUUGUAAGAAUUGUUAAUUUUUUGGUGGUUUUAAAUUAUGAAAGGCUGUUAUUGUAAUGAUAUUUUGCUUAAAAACGUUCAUUUUGGCACCUUAAAA